ACCAUUUUUAACCAACAUUCAAAGUCGUUCCCGCGACGUCGUUUCCAAGGCUACCAUCUGUCGCCAAGUGAGUCAUCCGACUCAUCCCCCACCAUCGUCAUGACCAUCUGAAAAGCAUAUACACUGUACUGCUUCAAGAAUCGACUCAUUCCAGCAACAAAAUCAUAAAGGGUUCGGUCUCUCAGGUCAGGUCGGCCAUUAAUGGCGGCGACCAAACCCAGAGCUCCAAAACCGAACUCAGGUGGCACAGACACGAAGGUUUGGCUCUAUUCUUUGAUGCUCGCACUCCAAUACGGUGCUCAGCCGCUGGUCUCUAAACGUUACACCAGGAAAGAAGUGAUUGUGACUUCAUCUGUAUUAGCAUGUGAGGUAGUAAAGGUCAUUUGUGCUCUUAUUCUCAUGGCAAAAGAAGGCAAUUUGAAGAAAAUAUUCAAGCAGUGGACUUUGGUUGGCUCUUUGACUGCAUCAGGAUUGCCAGCAGCUAUCUAUGCACUUCAAAGUACCUUGUUGCAGAUUUCAUACAAGAAUCUUGAUUCACUCACAUUUUCCAUGCUGAACCAAACAAAACUAUUUUUCACUGCUUUGUUUACUUAUAUAAUAUUGAGGCAGAAACAAUCAAUUCAACAAAUUGGCUCCUUAUUCUUGUUAAUAAUUGCUGCUGUUCUUCUAAGCAUUGGUGAAGGAUCCAGAAAAGGUUCCAGCAGCACUAAUCCUGAUGAAAUUUUGUUUCACGGAAUUGUUCCUGUAUUGAUAGCUUCUGUACUUUCUGGUCUGGCUUCUGCACUCUGUCAGUGGGCUUCUCAGGUAAAGAAACAAACAUCAUACAUGAUGACUGUCGAAAUGUCUGUAGUUGGGAUCUUGUGCCUGCUUGUCAGUAUUUUUAAGUCUCCAGACGGAGAAGCUAUCAGAAGGCAUGGAUUUUUUUACGGCUGGACUCCACUAACCUUGAUCCCUGUAACAAUCAAUGCUUUUGGUGGAAUUCUUGUGGGCCUCGUGACAUCACAUGCCGGUGGUGUUCGAAAGGCAAGUGUGAUACCCUAG